CACGAGAAACAGACUGUAUGAAUGUGACUGAAGUCUGCUGAUCUGAUUCACAUUAAUACAGAAAAACAGAUGUUUUUUAGAGGAUUUAAUUCCAGUCUGUUCAGAGGAAACACAGUGAGUGUGACAAGGUGAAAAGUUAAUCUACACACACUGAUGCAUUAUGGCCAACGUUUCUUACAUCUGCAUCGUGUGGAUCAGCAUCUGCGUGGACCUCCUCUCUGCUGAACCUGAGAUCAGUGUAUCUGGCCCAGUGGGUUCUACAGCUGUCCUGCCGUGUCAACUGACGAGUGUAGACACUGACAGACUGUAUAUUAGAUGGAACAUUGAGUCUGAGAUUGUGUUUGAGAGACUGGGUGAGAGGUUGUAUCAGGGUGAGGAAUAUGAGGGUCGUGUGGACGUUCCUGUGGAGGAGCUGCGUAAGGGGAACUGUUCACUGGUGUGGAGCAAUCUGAGACUGACUGAUGAGGGUAUCUACACCAGCUACCAGGCAUCUCUCCAUACCAGUCCAAAAGAACUCCUGACCAACCGUGUUGGACUUUCAGUCUAUAGUGAAGAAUCACACAGAGGUGAAUCAUCAGCUCCCUCAGGUGAUGCAGUAAUGAAGAGUCCUCACCCACUGGUCCUGUCCCUCGUCUCAUGUUUACUCGUCCAGCUCUUCUGUGGAAAAACAUGA